AUGGCGCUCAAAUCCGGUGUAUCCGCUUGCCUCAUCCUUGCAUUGUGCGUGAGCUGCGAGAACCUCGGCAAGGAGACUGAGAAAAGCCGAGCGCCUUUCCUCCCCAGGUCCGAGAACCUUGGCAAGGAGACUGAGAAGAGUGGAGGAUUCUGGUUCCCUCGGUCCGAGAACCUCGGCAAGGAGACUGAGAAGAGCGGAGUGCCCUUCCUCCCUCGGUCCGAGAACCUUGGCAAGGAGACUGAGAAGAGUGGAGGAUUCUGGUUCCCUCGGUCCGAGAACCUCGGCAAGGAGACUGAGAAAAGCCGAGCGCCUUUCCUCCCCAGGUCCGAGAACCUUGGCAAGGAGACUGAGAAGAGUGGAGGAUUCUGGUUCCCUCGGUCCGAGAACCUCGGCAAGGAGACUGAGAAGAGCGGAGUGCCCUUCCUCCCUCGGUCCGAGAACCUUGGCAAGGAGACUGAGAAGAGUGGAGGAUUCUGGUUCCCUCGGUCCGAGAACCUCGGCAAGGAGACUGAGAAAAGCCGAGCGCCUUUCCUCCCCAGGUCCGAGAACCUUGGCAAGGAGACUGAGAAGAGUGGAGGAUUCUGGUUCCCUCGGUCCGAGAACCUCGGCAAGGAGACUGAGAAGAGCGGAGUGCCCUUCUGGCCUCGGUCCGAGAACCUCGGCAAGGAGACUGAGAAGAGCGGAGUGCCCUUCCUCCCUCGGUCCGAGAACAUUGGCAAGGAGACUGAGAAGAGUGGAGGAUUCUGGUUCCCUCGGUCCGAGAACCUCGGCAAGGAGACUGAGAAAAGCGGAGCGCCUUUCCUCCCUCGGUCCGAGAACCCUGGCAAGGAGACUGAGAAGAGUGGAGUGCCCUUCCUCCCUCGGUCCGAGAACCUUGGCAAGGAGACUGAGAAGAGUGGAGGAUUCUGGCGAGCUGAGCUGCGCUCGCUCUUCCGAGCUGCCGUGGUGGACGUGACGCCCAAGGGAGGCAGUGGCUUCUUGAGAGCCCGGACCACCAGCAAGGCCAUGCGGCAGACGCUCACGGAGUCCACCAAUGCAUCGGAGGGUCGUCUGGAGGCCGCAAGAGAGCUGAGACAGCUAGCGAAGCUUGAGGCUCAAAGAGUAGCGGAGAUUGAAGCCAACAUCGCUCAGAAGGAGAAGGAACUUCUUGAGAUGCGCGAACAGGUGGCCAAGGCGAGGAAAGAGGAGCUACGGCUGAUCAAAAUGGCAGAGGCCCAUGAAGUCGCGACGAACGAUGAGGCUCAUCCCAUUCCUGAUUCUCCAGUGCUUUCUCCCCAGGACCAGGACGACGACAGUCCCAAGGUUCAACCCUUGGGUGCACGGAUCCUAGUCCCAGGGCUAGGCCAUUGAUGUGCAGAUGACUGAGAUAUGGUGAUUGGUUGCCAGCGCCCUGCCGACCACGGCCCGUAACUGAUGC